AUGUAAUUUGGUGAAAAUACAAAAUAAUUUAUGACUCCUGAAAUGAUGAAAUCAAUGUCUUAAAUGUGUGCAAAUAUGAGUGAUGAUCAAUUGAGACAAUAUGCUUAAAUGGCAGGAAUGGGAAAUAUAGAUCCUUCUUUUAUAAGAUAAUAAAUGGGUUAAGUUAAGAAUAUGAAAGAUGAGGAUCUGUAGAGAUAAGUUAAUUAAGUAUUUUAUUUGAAUUAUCUCUUAGACUCGUCCUGAAGAUAUUGAACGAGCAAAAUAAAGAGUUUAAGCAUAAUAAUAAUAAUAAUAAUCAUAAAAGUCUUAGAGUGAUUAAUUCCCAUUAAUUAACAAAUUAAAAAAUUAAGGAAAUGAUGCAUUUAAAUCAUAAGAUUAUGAAAAAGCUGCAUCUAAAUAUUAUGAAGCUAUUUCUGAAAUUGAAGAAUUAUGGGAAAAUAAUACUUAUUUAAAAAAUGACAAAAUUUAAAAAUAAGAAUUAAAAGUAUUGGAGCAUUCUUGUAGAUUAAAUUAUUGUAAUGUUAAAGCUAAAUAAUAAUAAUAUGAUGUUGUAUUACGUUAAGCCAAAAAAGUAUUAGAGGAUGAUGAUUAAAAUGGAAAAGCUAAUUUUAGAAUGGGUUAAGCACUUUUUGAAACAAAAAGAUAUUAAGAAGCUUUAAAAUAUUUAGAGAUAGCAAUUUAAAAAUUACCAAAUGAUGAAACAGUCGCAAUAAUGUAUAAAUAAGCAAAAUAAUAAUUAAUUGAUUUAGAUGCAAACAUUAAAUAAAAUUAAAAUAAUACAGAUUCUUAAUAGAAAGUGGAAUAAACAGAAAAUGUUUAAGAAGAGAAGAUUAAUAAAAAUGAUUAAUUUUAAUAAAAUAAGAAUGAGAAAAAAGAAAAUUAAGAAAGAUAGGAUUAUGAAUAAGAAUAAAAGAAACCAAAAAUUAAAUUAACAUCAGUUGAUACAAAUAGUGAAGAAUUCUAAAAUUUAAAAUAAAAAAUAUAAUCAAAUAAAGAAGAUGGAAUGAUAAUUGAAGAAGAAAUACCUGUUAGUAAAAGUUAAAUAAAUAAACCUGUUACUAAAUAGAAUGAAACAUAAAAUGCAAGUAAAAUUAUUGAAGAUCCUUAAUUUCAACAAUAAUAUGAUUAAUUUAAAAACAUGGUAAUUAUUUAAUAAUAUAAUUAAAGUCUCCUGAAUAAUUAAAUUAUAUGACUAACACAUUAAAAACAAUGGAUAAAGGUUUUUUAAAAUAAAUGAUGAAAUAAUAAAGUGGUGUUGAGAUGUCUGAUUAAUAAAUAGAAAUGAUGUAAACAAUGAUGACACCAGAAAUGUUAUCAUAAAUGAAAAAUAUAGAUCCAGCAAUAUUAAAAUAAUAAAAAUAAUAGACAUAAUAGACAUAAUAGACAUAAUAAUUUUAAUCUAAUUAAACAGUCUAAUAAUAACAAAUUAAUCAGAAUACAUCAUAAAAUUCAACAGCUAGUUAAUAAAUGCCAUAAAAUUUAUAAGGAUUAGCUUAAAAUCCAUAGAUGCUUGAAAUGGUUAUAGAUUAAUUAAAGAGUAAUCCUUAAAUGUUAAAAAUGAUGGCUCCUGCAUUUGGUGGUAAUAAUGCAAUUACAUAAUACAUUAAUUCUGCAAGGUGAGUAUAUUAAUUAAAUAGUAUAAAGUCCUGAGUAAUUAUCGAAAGUAGUUGGGAGAUUGGCAAUAUUCUUAAAGUUUUUGUUAAUGUUGUAUAGAGCAUGGUUAAUGGUUAAAAAUCAAUGGAAAUUUAUUUUGGGAUUCUUGUUGGCGUAUUUAUAUUUUAAAUUAUUUUGAAUUUUAAAUAAU